CGUAACUGGGUAUUUACAUAGCCAUGGUAUCAGCAUCUUUGCUAUUUUUUGGAUUUCCUGUAAACUGUAAAUUUAAGUUUCUUGUAAAAUUAAGUCAGUCAUAUCACCGGAACUCUUCACGCACCCCCACUUUUAUGCAUCAUAAAUUAAUUUUAGCAGAGGAUCCAAUUACGUUGGUGUCGUAAUCGUAUAAAAUGGGUCUACGUUGAUGACGUACUGUAGUAAAAGUGCGCCACAAACACGGCGGGACUCUUGUAGCUUGACACCACUGGUACGCGAUUAGCCAUCAAACCAAUAAUUCACAUAGAAAAACAACUAUUGCGUAUUGUCUGCCACUAGUUUCCUCGACUAAACCCUUCCUGGAGCUAUUUUGAUUAGAAAGGAGUAAUGGCAUUUGCUCCGCCUAGGCAAAGCGAAACAGCUGGCACGAAGGUUGAAUCCGAUACAAUCAAAGGAUCAACAGAAACAUCUUUUCCGCCCUUUAGCAGUAGUUCGAAAGACCAUAUGCGCAAUUUGAGCUUGAGCGAGGGUGACCUUUCGUCUGCGCAGAACGAUAUGGAUGAGCAGAUGGCGUACACGUACAUGCUAUUAAGAAUGACCAGCGACAGCGAGCACACGGAUGAACUGCUCUACAAGUAUCUUAACAAUUUUACGUCGUUGACGGGAAUUCAACUGCCGGCUUUUAUGGUGCGCGCCCUAUUUGAAGUCCAGAUAAUUUCCCAUGAAACCAACAGCAGUAUCUUUGCCCAGUUUAUGGAUAGUAUGAUCCACAAGAUGAACAACAUCAGUAUCAGAAAUAACCCUGCCAAAUUUUAUGCUGUUCUGGGAAAGAAUUUAUGUCAUCUGGGCACAGUCAUGCGCACUAUGAGUGCCAUAUUAGCCGAUCAGGAGUCCGAGGGAGAUGCCAGAGUAUCGAUGACGACGGCAGGUGCUUCGGGAAAGUUAUCAUCGGAAGAGAGCGAUGAUGAAUUGUAUUCUGCCUUACAAAUACCGGAUACAAACCCCGGUUGUUCCGGAAAGCAAUGUCAAUAACCAUAAACGGCAGUGGCAAAACGCUGCGAAUUGUGAUAGCUCAUAGAACACUGUUAGGUUCUUUACCAACAUCAUUCUCAUGAUUCUUUACUAUGUUUAAAAUGCUUCGGACAAAUCCAGUCGGACAGGCACUCGAUCUUGGUGGCACUGCGGUGUAUGUAAAUAUCGAUUUUGCUCAUAUCCAAUUUAAUGCCGUUUGUUUUUUCUGACACCUUUGCUCUUUGGACUUAUUAUGACCUUUAUUCAUAAUGUUAUUACAGCAAAUCAGACUUGUAACAAAAAUCACA